CUAGGAAGGUGGCCCAGUGCCCCUUCUGUCCGGGCCCCUCCCAGAACUCCCUUGGGGUGUCAGUCUGGUCUCCACUUGCCCCCACUCCACCCUCCUUUCGAAGGGAUUGCCUUUUUUUUUUCCUCUGCGGCGGCGGAAAUGACAGUGUGGUGCCGUGGUGGUGUCAUGGUGCUGCCUCUGGACUGAGAGGCGAAAACUCUUAACUUUAGCCUGGGAGACCCAGACGCGGGAACGUCGUGGUCGGCGAGCUGUCUGUCCCCUGUGGGGUGCGCGGGCUGGCUGGUCCCAGCUGCUGCUGCUGUUGCUGUUGCUGUUGCUGCUGCUGCUGCUGCGCGGCGGCGGCGGCGGCGGCCGCAGUGGCAAAGGCAGGCGGCGGCCUAGAGUGGUGGCGGCGGCAGCGGCAGCGGCAGCGGCAGCGACAGCGGCCCGGGAGCUCGCGCAGAAGCUCAAGCCAGUUUGCUGCGGAGGCCCGGCGCUCCCAGGCGCGCGGAGGAGAUGGCUGGCACCCGGGAACAAUAUGGGUGAAAGCCAAGCCUCUGUGGUUCUUAAUGCCUCAGCAGGAUUAUUUUCACUAAAGAUGGAAACACUGGAGUCUGAAUUGACCUGUCCAAUCUGCCUUGAGUUGUUUGAAGACCCCCUUCUGCUCCCUUGUGCUCAUAGCCUGUGUUUCAGCUGUGCCCAUCGCAUCUUGGUCUCAAGCUGCAGCUCCGGUGAAUCCAUUGAACCCAUUACUGCUUUUCAGUGUCCUACAUGCAGGUAUGUUAUCUCGCUGAAUCACCGGGGCUUGGAUGGCCUCAAGAGGAACGUGACCCUGCAGAACAUUAUUGAUCGCUUCCAAAAGGCUUCAGUCAGUGGGCCCAAUUCUCCAAGUGAGAGCCGCGGGGAGAGGACUUACAGGCCUAGCUCCGCCAUGUCUAGUGAGCGAAUUGCUUGCCAAUUUUGUGAGCAGGACCCUCCAAGAGAUGCUGUGAAGACAUGCAUCACGUGUGAGGUCUCCUACUGUGACCGUUGCCUUCGGGCCACACACCCUAACAAGAAACCUUUCACCAGCCAUCGCCUGGUGGAACCAGUUUCAGACACACAUCUUCGAGGGAUUACUUGCUUGGACCAUGAGAAUGAGAAGGUGAACAUGUACUGUGUAUCUGAUGACCAAUUGAUCUGUGCCUUAUGCAAACUGGUGGGUCGUCACCGAGACCAUCAGGUCGCUUCUCUGAAUGAUCGAUUUGAGAAACUAAAGCAAACUCUGGAAAUGAACCUCACCAACCUGGUUAAACGCAACAGUGAACUAGAAAAUCAAAUGGCCAAACUAAUACAGAUCUGCCAGCAAGUUGAGGUGAAUACUGCUAUGCAUGAGGCAAAACUUAUGGAAGAAUGUGACGAGUUGGUAGAGAUCAUCCAGCAGAGGAAGCAAAUGAUUGCUGUCAAAAUCAAAGAGACAAAGGUUAUGAAACUGAGAAAGUUGGCACAGCAGGUUGCUAACUGCCGCCAAUGUCUUGAACGAUCAACAGUUCUCAUCAACCAAGCUGAGCAUAUCCUAAAAGAAAAUGACCAAGCACGGUUCCUGCAGUCUGCAAAAAAUAUUGCUGAGAGGGUCACUAUGGCAACUGCAUCUUCUCAAGUUCUGAUUCCAGACAUCAAUUUUAAUGAUGCCUUUGAAAACUUUGCUUUAGAUUUUUCUAGAGAAAAGAAACUUUUGGAGGGGCUAGACUAUUUAACAGCCCCAAACCCACCAUCUAUCCGAGAAGAACUCUGUACUGCCUCCCAUGACACCAUUACAGUCCACUGGAUCUCGGAUGAUGAGUUCAGCAUCAGCUCCUAUGAGCUUCAGUACACCAUAUUCACUGGCCAGGCUAACUUCAUCAGUAAGUCAUGGUGUAGUUGGGGCCUGUGGCCAGAGAUAAGGAAAUGUAAGGAAGCAGUAAGCUGCUCAAGAUUGGCUGGUGCGCCACGAGGCCUGUAUAAUUCAGUGGACAGCUGGAUGAUUGUGCCCAACAUUAAGCAGAACCAUUACACAGUGCAUGGACUCCAGAGUGGGACACGCUACAUCUUUAUUGUGAAAGCCAUAAAUCAAGCAGGCAGCCGGAACAGUGAACCCACCCGACUAAAAACAAACAGCCAACCCUUUAAACUAGAUCCCAAGAUGACUCACAAGAAGUUGAAGAUUUCCAAUGAUGGAUUGCAAAUGGAGAAGGAUGAGAGCUCUCUGAAGAAAAGCCAUACCCCAGAGAGAUUUAGUGGCACAGGGUGUUAUGGAGCAGCAGGAAAUAUAUUCAUUGACAGUGGCUGCCACUAUUGGGAGGUGGUCAUGGGUUCUUCAACAUGGUAUGCAAUUGGUAUUGCCUACAAAUCAGCUCCAAAGAAUGAAUGGAUUGGCAAAAAUGCCUCUUCCUGGGUCUUCUCUCGAUGCAAUAGUAACUUCGUGGUGAGACAUAACAACAAGGAAAUGCUGGUGGAUGUGCCCCCACAGUUGAAGCGUCUAGGUGUCCUUUUGGAUUAUGACAACAACAUGCUGUCUUUCUAUGACCCCGCUAACUCUCUCCAUCUUCAUACUUUUGAUGUGACCUUCAUUCUUCCAGUUUGUCCAACAUUUACAAUCUGGAACAAAUCCCUAAUGAUCCUGUCUGGCUUGCCUGCCCCAGAUUUUAUUGAUUAUCCUGAGCGACAGGAGUGCAAUUGUAGGCCUCAAGAAUCCCCUUAUGUGUCUGGGAUGAAAGCUUGCCAUUAAGUGUCAAGAGAGCAUGUAAUAUAGUGGCUCUCCACUUCAGCACUUCUUCCCCUCCUAAGCCUCAACUAGUGUUUCAUAUAUGAGAUACAGGAUAAAGUUCAUUGGAAGCACCCUAAAAUAAACUAGAUAUUGUAGAUUUAAUUUUUGUGCAUUAAAGAUUAUGUUUGAAUCCAUGUAUUGAGUUACUCAGAACAAAUGAUCUGAAUAGUCUGGGUUCAUGCCAUCAGGGAAGAAUUUUAGAGGAUAUCGCUCUCAUCAUUGGAGAAUUCAAAAUUCCCAGUGAUUUGGGAGCAUAAAUGAUCCUGGAAGGAAUUAGCAUUUCUAGCAGUGGCUAGUUUGACCAGGUAUAAUUUGCACAGUGUCAAGUUAUCACAUAUUGUGUGUCACUUUUUAAUACACUAACAAUCAAGAUAUUAUAAGAAUAUCAUACAUGUACAUAUAUAAUAUAUAAAAUGACUAAAUUCAAUUAUGAGUAAAAUGACAUAAAUCAUUUUAUCUAUUACAUAUAUACAAUAAACCCUAAUUUGCCAAUUUAAAUGAGAAAUAUAUUGAAAAAAAUGAAUUACACUGUCCAUUCUUAUCUCCCAGAUGAAAUAUCACAGGUGGUGGGCAUUUUUCUCUUCUUUCCUUCUAGCCUUUCUUUCUUCCCUCUUGUCACAUAUACAAAUGCAUGGGAUCAAGACACAGGAAAUGACAAUAGCCCUUGGAGAGAUCUGGGGCCAGGACAGCAAAAGAGAUGUUAAUGCUACAUAGAAAUGCCCUGUGUAGCAUAAUUUCAUUGAUAUUGCUUAAUAUGAAGAUUCAUCAGAAUUAUUAAAAAUUGUCACAGGAUAUUUCAAAGAAAUAUAUUUUUGUUAUUCUCUGAUACAUAGUGACUAAACUUAGGCUUAAAAAUAGAAUAAUGGUAUAUAUGCAAGAUUAGAGUCUCACAACAGUGUGAUGCAGCCAUGAUCAUUCAGGCCUUUACAGCCAUUGAAGCAAGACAUUCUCCCCAAGCAUGGUUGGAUACCAUAAAAAGCUAAAAUGAUACGCUCAGGAUGCGAGGCUAAGCACUGCACUCAGGGUCAGCCGCUUUGGACCCAGAGAAGAGCAUGUCUGAUUGCAUGCGGGUUGAUGCCCCAGGU